AUGUUUGUGAUGAUUGAAAUAGAGCACACAUUGAGAUUGCCUCCUCAUCUCCUAAAUCGUCCUCUCAAUGUGGCCAUUAAAGGAGAACUGGAAUCUCUCUUCUUAGACAAGGUGAUUGAUAAAUUGGGGUUAUGUGUAAGCGUGUAUGAUAUUUUAUCCAUUGAUGGUGGAUUUAUCUUUCCAGGAGAUGGUGCUUCCACUUAUACGGCAAGGUUCAGACUGGUAAUGUUUCGCCCAUAUGUUGGAGAAGUUAUAUCAGCAAGACUGAAAGAGUCUACUAAAGAUGGUUUGCGCUUGUCACUUGGAUUUUUCGAUGACAUUUAUGUACCCGUCCCUUUAAUGCCAAAUCCUUAUCAUACCGACCCUGAUCCAGAACAUAAGAACGGAAUUAAGUGGGUGUGGGAGUAUAUGGGAGAAAAUUACCCAAUAGAUUGGACGGAUGAGAUAAGAUUCAGGGUUCACAGUUUAAAUUAUCCACCUAUACCUGUAGAGCAAGGGAUAGAUUCAGAGCAAAAAGAUUCAGAAGAAAAAGAUUCUAGGCAAAAAGAUUUAAAGCCAUUUGCCCCAAUGGUUAUCACUGGAUCACUCGAUGCUGAUGGAUUAGGUCCCACUGCAUGGUGGGACAAAGACGAUUUUUUAAUUAUGAUCAAUUCAAAACCUAUGACAUCAAGAUCAAAAUUUGAGUUGGUUCCUGGUCUUGGUUGGAGACUACUGUUUUUGUCGCUAGUCCGACAGAGGCGAAGUAUAAGAUAG